GAGACGGAAAAGUUCCCAGGGGUGAGUGAACCGCCUCAUUGUCUUGUCAUUUUAUUGCAUUCGACUCUAAUAAUAAUACAUUAAUUAGUCGUCUUCGCGCUUGUGGUACUGGGCGAGCAUUAAGUGAUCAUAGGUCGAGCAGCCAUGCCGAUGUGAGUAAUACCAGAGGUGUGGCAGCUGACCGACGUUCCGCGUCGUAUUCUCCUUCAAGUGACAGUAGUGAAAAAGUGAAAAAUACACUUCCUACACCGUUUCAAGAUGACCGAGUACAAAUUGGUGGUGGUCGGCGCUGGUGGCGUCGGCAAAUCCGCAUUGACUAUACAGCUUAUACAGAAUCAUUUCGUGGACGAGUACGAUCCUACGAUAGAGGAUUCGUAUAGAAAACAGGUGGUGAUAGAUGGUGAAACGUGUUUGUUGGAUAUCUUGGAUACGGCAGGGCAGGAGGAGUACUCAGCGAUGCGGGAUCAGUACAUGCGUACAGGAGAGGGGUUCCUGCUAGUGUUUGCAGUUAAUAGUGCGAAAAGUUUCGAGGAUAUAGGCUCUUAUCGUGAGCAGAUAAAGAGAGUCAAGGACGCUGAGGAGGUGCCCAUGGUUCUGGUGGGGAACAAGUGUGACCUGCAGGCUUGGGCGGUGGACAUGACGCAAGCUAGGGAGGUCGCGCGGAGUUACGGCGUCCCCUUCGUCGAGACGUCAGCCAAGACCCGCAUGGGCGUGGACGACGCUUUCUACACGCUCGUCCGAGAGAUCCGCAAGGACAAGGAGGCGCGGGGAAAGAAGAGCCGGGGCAAGAUCGGCGGCAGGCGCACCAUCAAGUGCGCGCUCAUAUAACUUGGUACUGUUCUUAAAGGCCU